CGGUCGCGCGCGAUGGAGGGGCUGCGAUCCGGCGGCUAACAUGGGCGUGAUCACCGAGCGCACGUCCCGGAGCCAGAGCGGGGAGCGCGGCUCGACCGGCGGCGGCGAUGGCGUGCGCCGCUCGGCUACCUUCAGCGGCGAGAGCACGCUGCCCGGCUCGCGGGGCAGCAAUCGCGGCAGCGCAAACUCCCUCGGCAAGUCCAUCAACGGCUCGAUCGGCUCGCUAGAUGACGCCGACGACUGCGACAACAUCAACGUGGUAGUCAGAGUGCGGCCCCUGAAUGAGAGGGAAAAUAAACGCGGUGAUGACAGCAUCAUCACCUUUCCAGGACAAGGCCAGCUGAUGCUGGAGCCGCCAGCUGCGAACAUCAAGUCCAAGCAGUUUCGAUUCAAUAUUCUGUUUGAGCCGGAGGCCACCCAGGAGGAUGUACUCAAUCAUUCCGGCGCCAAGCGUAUGGUGGAGAUGGCGGUGGCCGGCUAUCCGUGCACGAUCUUCUGCUACGGCCAGACGGGCAGCGGCAAGACGCACACGCUGACGGGACCGCCGCACCUGUUUCGCAAGGUACCUGACAUGUUUUCUGAAGAGCACGGCUUGGUGUUCCGGUCGUUUGUCUACCUGUUUCAAGUUAUCAACGAGCAGAAGGACAAGGAAUUCCUGCUGAAAGCGUCCUACCUGGAGAUCUACAAUGAAAAGGUGAUCGAUCUCCUGAAUCCGGUCCAGCCUGAGCCGGGGAAAAGGCCACGGAGCCUGAUGGUCCGGUGGUCCAAGAAAAAGCGCGCGUUCUUCGUCGAAAACCUGUUCACAGUAGAGUGUGAAGAGCUGGAUGACCUUCUGGCGGUACUCGAAGAAGGGCUUCGCAACCGAGCAGUCGCCAGUCACAACAUGAACGAGUUCUCCAGUCGCAGUCACACGAUCCUCACAGUAUACAUCACUUCAGAGCAGAAGGCGGCAGAUGACUCGGACGUCUACAUAUCCAAACUGGGCAAGCUGAACUUCGUGGACCUGGCCGGCAGCGAGAUGACGAAGAAGACCAACAGCGAGGGCAAGACACUUGAGGAAGCCAACAACAUCAACAAAAGCCUCAUGGUCCUCGGAACGUGCAUAUCCAACCUAAGUGACCCCAAGAAAAAGACCGGCCACAUUCCGUACCGGGACAGCAAGCUGACCAAACUGUUGGCAGACAGUCUGGCUGGCAGCGGAGUUACACUGAUGAUCGCGUGUGCUUCGCCGGCGCGGAGUAACAUCAGUGAGUCCCUGAACACGCUGAGGUACGCAUCCAGGGCUAAGCGGAUCAAAACCAAGCCUAUCAUCGUCAUGGACCCGCGCGAGGCACUCAUCCUCAGUCUGAAGCGCGAGGUGCACAUCCUGCAGCAGGAGAAUGACCAUCUGAAGCUACUGGUCAAAAUCGGCGCCCACGGCGAGACGGUUCCGCUCUCCAACGGCGGCACGCCCGGCACCGGAGACCCCGCCCGCCGGCGUCGUUCGGAGCAGAAGCUGGCGAUCGACAAGGAGCGGCUGCAGGAGCUGAAGACGGAGGAGCUGAUCGAGCUGCUCCAGGAGUACAUGGCCAACAACACAGCGCUGCGCGAUGAGAACCUGGACAUGCACACGCUGCGCGACGCCCUGAUGCGCGACCAGGACGUGGUCAUUAAGGAGAACGAGCGCCUCCUCCGCAAGCUGGAGGAGAUCAACAGUACGUGCAGCCGCUCACCAAUCGUGCCGGCGCGUCCGUCCUUCUCGGCCGACCUGGUGCUGCAGAGCGUGAGUCAGCCCUCCUCCCUGCCCAACACGCCUGAGCGCGCCGCUGCCGGCCAAGUCAAUGUCUGGACCAACCCGCGAUACGAUGACAAGAAUAAGGAGGCGAUGACCAAGCCAUCGAACAUCAAGAAAGUCCCCAGGUCUGUCGACAAGGAACUUGAGAAGAGGCAAAUCACCAAAGGAACUGAUGACAUCAAGGACAAGAUCCAGCAUCGGAAUACCUCCGGCUCCCGAAGCGCGGACGGCAAGAAGCCCAAGUCUCACGCCAUCAAGAAUGACGUCGCGGGUCGUAGACGCGCCGGUGCGUCACCGAACCGGGCCACGAAACUGGCACAGGGAAAGAUGAAGAAGGCAGCGUCCACAUCUCGACUGGACGAUGCCAAGAAAAAGAAAUGAUCGGCGACGUCUCCAUCGUGUGCUAUCAGGCGGAGGCAAGACGUCGCCGCGCGCUGGCGUCGCGUCCAGACUGACAUUUUACGACCAUCUCGCAGUCGCCCUUACGUGGUCGGACUUGGGGUACCGCACUUUCUGCUUCUGCAGCUAUCGGCGGCAAAGACGGCCUUGGCCGGAGCCGAGAGGCCAGCAGCGGGGGCGCCUGGCAGCACGCUCCACCUGUUCCGUCCACCCAUCGGGAAUCAGACACACGCGUAGGCACAGACAGAACACGAGGGGGUCUGGGCAGACUGUCGUUACGUUCAGCCAGCUUGAGAAAGACACGCACGGUUUCAUGGAAAAACGCCAGGCUAGAGGCGCUAUGUCAGGAGUCAGACACUGGCAGGUGCACUGCCAGUGUGAGACUCGGCUGCACCGAAUCCGUCCUUCAUAUCCAGACACACACACGCACACACACACAGAAACAAAGCCGCAUUAGUACAUUUCCAUAGCAUGCCAAAUACUGAUCACGUCCAAUCAUAGGGACAACAGCAAUGAUAGACAACUCCGCUAAACACGCACACCAACGCAUUCAUACAAAAGCACAAGACGACGUCUGCGUACCCGGACGCGAGUCCACACGAGGCUGGGGUUGACACCGAAUCCGUCCUUCUUUUCCCAGACAACCCUUUAUAAACAUGUUGAUGUACAGUGAGGCUUGUCGGGUGCCUAUGAUCUCAUGUGUGGCAGGUUUGUGUACAUGUUGGGUUCGUGGGUGGAUUGUUUGUGUGCCGUCGUUUUGUUAGAAGACAGGUGGGGGAUGUCAACAUUGAUACAGCCACCCAUUCGGCAUGGGCGAACGUACUACUGGGUUUGAUGGGAUCCAGAACCCAAUAACGUUUGAGCAGAUUCGACAAUUUUCAUGAUGUGAUCACAUACAAUCAAGCACAAAUGGAUGCAGCAAUAUUAAAGAUGUGGCGACGUCCAGUAGAGCAUGGGUAGCUGCGCCCUUGACAUUCGGGGUCGGGGAAGGGUAAGGGCAAGGUCAGGAUUGGAUGGUCCAAAUUAGAGUCUUUGGAAUAGCCUGGCCCAAAAUAAUAUUUUUGAACAGGAAAAUGUGAAAACUUGCAGUGUUGGACAAAAUCUAAAUAAGGAAAAAUUGUAGGGGACAUGCCCCCUCUGUCCCUUCCGCCCCCCCCCCCCCCCCUCCCCUGCGCCGAUUGUUACACCCAUGCACUCGCGGAUAAAUUCCUAUGUUGUCUCAGACACUUCAUUGUUUCCUAUGCAACAAGAGCGUCCAAGCCACAGACACUUUUCUUUCUCUUAUUUCUCCACGCGGACCUGGUGCCGUUGCCAGACGUCAUCUCAUGAUGACGCAAGUCCUUGUCCAAGUCCAAAGGACGGCGUCAUUGUCAGUCGCUAUCCGCAAAACGUCUAUCGCAUCACUGCUCCUACGUUCCUCACUCCGUUCUAAUAGUUCCUCAAAUCGUCACAUCAGCUCCUCAAACUCAAACUUCCUUCGCCUUGGAGCACAGUGGCGUGUGUGCGGCGUCGGCAUUUGUGUCGUCAUAGGUAGCUACGUCAGCAGCUAUCGUCAUCAUGGGUAGCUACCUCAGGUAGGUCCUUUGCCAAAGAACUUCACGCGGGAGCGUGGUUUCACAAAACGAGCUGGGGAUGGGACGUGGUGAAAAAUGACAAAACUUACCACCAGCACGCGCCAGCAAACUGGUUUCUCCCGGACUUUGGUCUAUUUGGCUUCCAAAUUUUGGGCGGGGCGAGGCAGGCUGGAGCCCCAACUGAACAAGAAACCACACCCCUGUCUCAAAGCAAUCGUAAGCUGCUUAUCGGACCGCCGCGCUGGGCAUGCGAUGCCACCAGCUGGUCCCCAUCCCAUCACACUAUACCCGCACAGCGCUGGGCAUGCGAUGCCACCAGCUGGUCCUGCAUCCCAUCACACCAUACCCGCACAGCGACUUCGUCGCGCCGAACCGCUGGAAAAGUGAGUGCACACGUGUCCGUAGCUCCCCAUGUGGCGUUCAAAAUACAACGGCGUCUCACCUGUAGAUAAUGCUGCAAACGAUGCUAUAAAUAACUAUCGCGGCGGCAAGUACUGGGGCCGUUCGGCGCCAUAAAACGCUGCAAGGCCGUUCUUUCCUGUAUAUUUUCUGAAAUGCAAUGUGCGCAGGUCAUCGUGCGGUCGCGAUGGACAAGGUAAACAAUAGAUGUCGGUAUGCAUUGUCA